UUUGAACAUCAGUAUAAGGAAGCGAUGAUGUUCAGGUGUGUGCUUAGAAGCUAUGGGAAGUCGCUCUGCUCAUCAGGGGCUGUGAGAGCGCGCUGUUCAAAGCUGCCGUUGUGCUCGAGACAGAUGUCAUGCUCAUCGCCGGCGUACGCAAAGAAGAAGCCCUUGAAGGUGAAGACACUGACGAUUCCAAGGUUCACCACGGUGGCGUCGCUGGCGAAUAUCCUUAACGUGCGUUACGAGAAGCUUCUUGUGCGGUUGGAGGAGAUGGGGUUCGAAGACCUGACCUAUAACUUCAUCCUUGACCAGGAAACAGCGGGGCUCAUUGCCGAUGAGUAUGGCUACGAGGCGCACUUUGUUGAGGAGAAGGAGGGAGAGGACCUGAAGCCCAUGGAUAUACCCGAGGACACGUCGAGCUGGAAGACCAGGCCUCCUAUUGUGACGAUCAUGGGUCAUGUUGACCACGGGAAGACCACGAUAUUGGACCAUUUGAGGAAAUCGUCCAUAGUUGACCAAGAACACGGUGGUAUCACCCAGCAUAUAGGUGCCUUCUCGGUGAAGACCCCAAUCUCCAAGAAGCAGAUCACCUUCCUGGACACUCCAGGACACGCUGCCUUCUUGAAAAUGAGACAACGUGGUGCAGAGAUGACCGAUAUAGUGAUCCUGGUUGUGGCAGCCGAUGACUCUGUGAUGCCACAGACCAAGGAGGCUAUAAAGCAUAUCAAGCAGUCUGCAGUGCCUGUUAUAGUCGCAGUGAACAAAUGUGAUAAAGAGAGUGCCAAUCCUGAGCGAGUCAUUGCAGAUUUGGCCAACAACGAUAUCGAUGUUGAAGACUAUGGUGGUGAAACCCAGACCGUCAGGGUGUCUGGCCUCACAGGGUUGAACAUGGACAAGCUGGAAGAAUCCAUCAUAACACUGUCUGAGGUGCUGGAUAUCAGGGCACCUGAUAAGAAAGUGCCAGUGGAAGGCUGGAUCAUUGAAUCCCAGUCCAAGAAAGGUAUGGGUCCAUUGGCCACUGUACUGGUUCGUCAGGGUACUUUGAAGAAAGGUGACGUUCUCGUUGCCGGUAAGACAUACUGUAAAGUGAGAUCUAUGAAGGAUGAACACGGCAAGCCUGUUAAACAAGCGCUGCCUUCCACUCCAGUUGAGGUUUGGGGCUGGAAAGAGGUUCCAGAAGCAGGUGACGAGUGUCUCCAGGCUAAGGACGAAUCACAGGCGAAAAGGGUCAUUGAGACUAGAAUUUUGAGAGAAGAGAGAUCUAAACAAGUUGAAGACAUUGAUGUCAUUAACAAGCUGAGAGUCGAUGCGAAGAAGGAGAUGGAGCAACGUGACAGAUUGGACGAGUUACGUAAAUAUGGCCUUGAAGAGGAGGACAUCAACAGUGGUGAAGAAGCUUCAGAUGAUAAGCCAGUUCAGCAGAACGUCAAUUAUAUUGUCCGUGCGGACGUCAGUGGGUCUGUCGAAGCAAUUGUGGAAUCCAUUAAGGACAUUGGCAACGACGAGGUGAAGCUCACCAUUCUCAAACAAGGAGCUGGCGCACCAACUGACUCAGAUUUAGAAAGAGCCCAAAUUUCCAAUGCAGAGAUCCUCUGUUUUAACAUGAAAGUUCCAAAGGAUAUUGAGAACAAGGCUGCUAAGAUGGGCGUUGUUCUGAAGAAUCACAAUGUGAUUUACCACCUGAUUGAGGAUGUUACUGCCGAACUUUCUAGCAAGCUGGCACCAACUAUCGAGCUAAAGGUCCGAGCUGAGGCCGAAGUCAAGGAGAUAUUUGAAAUCAAAGGUAAACGUAGAACCGUUUUCAAGAUUGCUGGUUGUAAAGUCACUUCUGGCACUAUUGAAAAGAAGUCCAAAGUGAGAGUUAUGAGAAACGACCAGGAGGUUUACAGAGGGAAAUUCGAAACCAUGAAGCAUUUGAAGGACAAUGUGCUAGAAGUAAAGAAGGGCAAAGACUGUGGGCUAUCGUUUGAAGACUGGUCUGAUUUCAAACCUGGUGAUGUUGUACAGGCCUACGAGGAAAACGAGAUACCAAGAUACUUGUAAAUAACACACACAGAGAACAUACAGAAUCGUGUACAUAU